AUGGAGCCCCGUAUCAGUGCCCAGGACGUGAUGAAAUGUAACAUGUGUGAGACCGCUGAUGCAAAGAUACGGUGUGACUCAUGUCUUGUCAAUCUGUGUACGACUUGUGUUGGAACUCACACAAUCUCUGAUGAAUCCAAAAAACACGUAUUUGUUAAAUUUCAGUCCAGGAAAUCUUCCCUCUAUCCUGGAUGUAUACUUCAUGGUUAUAAACAAUGUGAAACGUACUGUAAUCAAUGUGACAUUCCUGUUUGCAACACUUGUGUGGCAUCUGAUCAACAUAUUGGUCAUGAUUUAUUGAAAAUUUUGCAAGUUCUAGAUGAUAAAAAGAGAAAGAUUAUUGAAGAACAAACUAAAUUAAAGGAGACAAUUUAUCCAACCUACCAGGACAUUGCCUCUGAUGUACAAAACAGAAUGAGUCAGUUAGAAAAGGAGCAUGAGGAUCUCUCAACAGACAUAACAAGUCAUGGAGAAGUAUGGCACAGAGAAAUUGACAAACUUCUCAAAAAACUUAAAGCUGAAGACGAUGAGAUAAAAAACGCACAGUUACGAGUUCUACAGAAACAUCUGGAUGAAAUAAACAAGAAAGUGUCUGACAUCAAGGAUGAAAUUGAUUCAAAUGAUAUGACUAUAAACUCUAAAGACAUAUCAAAAGUGUUUAGUGCCAAAGUCAACGUAGACAGGUACACAAAGCUUCCAAGAAAACUUGUGCCAUCUUUACCAGAAUUCAUACCUGGAAGAAUAGAUGAGGAAGAAGAAUUACGAAAAAUUUUUGGAGCCUUAUCACCAAGUUCUUUAAUAUCAGAAGAACAUGGCUACAGCAUGAAGACAACACAGAAAUCACUAGAAGUAGGAUCUUCUACUCCAGUCAAACAACUGCUUGAUGAACCUGAGACUGUAACCACCAUUCGCACUCGGCAAAUUUACCUUUCCGGUGUUGUCUGUCUGAAUGAUGAAGAAAUCUGGACAAAGGAGAAUGGCAGUAUUAUGAGACUAUAUAGCAUCAAUCAGGGAUCAGAACUCAAGGCAUUUAGAACCAAGUCAGAUCGUAUGCCUGGAGGCAUAGCAGUGACCAAGAAUGGAGAUCUAGUUUAUACUGAUUAUGAUGGUAGAAGCGUUAACAUUGUAAAGAAUGAAGAAAUAGAAGAGGUGAUCAAGCUACAGAAAUGGAAACCACGCAAUGUCUGCAGUACCUUCUCUAGUGACCUCCUGGUUAUCAUGGACAGUGAUGAUUUCAGAAAAUCAAAAGUUGUCCGUUACUCUGGCUCCACAGAGAAACAAACCAUUCAGUUCGAUGAUAUUGGUAAAUCUCUCUUUUCAUCUGGUUUUCUUUACAGACAUAUGAUAACUGAGAACAGGAACCUGGAUAUCUGUGUGUCUGACAAUGGAGCUAAAUCAGUAGUAGUGGUCAAUCAGGCCGGGAAAUUGAAAUUUAGGUACAAAGGACAUACUCCUGCUCCAAAGAACAAACCAUUCAGUCCACGAGGAAUCACCACGGACAGUCUGUGUCACAUUCUUACAGCUGAUCCGUUCAAUGAUUGUGUCCACAUCAUAGACCAGGAUGGACAGUUCCUCUGUUUCAUAGACUGUGAACUGAGUGAACCCUGGGGACUAUGUACAGAUACCAAUGACAAUCUGUUUGUUGCCCAGCGUUCAAUGUUUGAUUCGCGUGUGAAGAAAAUCAAAUACCUGCAGUGA